AUGGCCUCAACCAGCGGUGAAGAAAGGAUUAUCAAGUUUGGUUAUAGAAGUGUCAAGUUUCCGUCUGACGAACUUCAGCAAAUGGAAGAUUGUAACCAUUUGUUAGGGGAUUUCGAUGCUUUACAUCGAGAGAUGGAAGAGAAGGGGUACCUGCUAAUUCGAGGUUUUCACAGUAGAGAGGAGGUUCUAGCAGCCAAGGAAGCUGUUCUUGAAUACAUAAACAGCCUAGGUGACAAGCUGGAUAAAAACCAUCCAAUAAAAGAAGGGGUCCUGAGAGAGGGGUGUGGUUUGGGCUGUCUUCCAGUGAUGGAAGGACGUAAUGAGAUUUCACAUAAAAACACAGUCCUUGCUGUAAUCGAGGGACAUAGACCAUUUGAUUUCUUCAGAAAAUAUUUCAAUGAUGAUGUCAGAACAUUUGAUUACAAAUGGCUGAGAGCCAUGCACCAAGAAGGAUUCACAGGUGCUCAUGUGGACAAUGUUUACAUGAGUCGUGGCUCAUCAAACCUGCACACCAUGUGGACACCGAUUGGUGAUGUCCCCAUAGAGCAAGGAGUCUUAGCCAUGUGCGAAGGCUCUCAUAGAUUGCCAAGUUUCAAGCACUUUCAGGAAACAUAUGGAGAAAUGGAUGCAGAAAACGCUGGACUUAAAGGAACCGGUUGGUUCACAGAAGACCCUUUUGAAAUUACUCAAAAAUUUGGUGGCCAGUGGAAAACCACAGAUUUCAGAGCCGGGGAUGUUCUUAUAUUUAACAUGAGAACCGUGCACAUGUCUACAACUAAUACAACAAAUUAUGCAAGGAUAAGUUGUGAUACAAGAUGGCAACCAGCAAGUCACCCUGUUGAUCCCAGAUUUUGUGGUGACUUCCAGGUUUCAAAAGCCAGAUUUGGUUUACGAAGCAAGACUUCUGAUGCCGAAGAGUCUGUACCACCUACUUUCACAACCAUUGAGAAGCUGAAGGAAGAAUGGGGAAUUUGA